AUGAGCGACCACGCCUACAAGGAACCCGAUGCUAAUGUCUUGGAUGAAGAAAAAGGACUUCCUGGAUCUGGAAAGGAUGCAGAUGUUGAGGUUGCUCAAUCGUGGUCACUANAAAAGUUCGCAUCGCUGGGUGUGGAAACUGGAGGCAUCGUCCCUAUCCCCGUGACGGAGCGAACGAACACAAGAGUUCAUGGAAUCUUCACGCUAUGGCUCACCAUGAGUGUCAAUCUGCUACCUAUCCUAUGCACGGUGCCGGUUGCAUAUCUGGCGACAUUGGGACCCAAGACUGGUAUGCGGCAGAUGAUUCAGGCAAGGUUCUCUUUUGGCUACUAUCUUGUUUCGGUGCCUGUGAUCCUCAACCUUGCAACACUCACUGGCUUUUGUGUUAUCGACAGUGUCAUCGGUGGUCAGUCUUUGUCUGCAAUUACCCAUGGCCAUCUGACACCGGACGUUGGUAUUGUGGUCAUUGCCAUCCUGGCCAUGUUGGUCUGCUUCUGUGGUUUCAAGAUUUUGCAUCGCUAUGAGCGCUUUGCCUGGAUCCCAGCUCUAGUCGCCAUCGUGAUUGCUACUGGAACAGGCGGCAAGCAUCUGAGCAACCAGGCUGUCUAUCCGGCUCCCGAAGCAUCUACCGUCCUCUCGUUCUCUGCACUCAUCGCUGGUUUCCUCAUCCCUUGGGCGGCAUUGGCUGGAGAUUUUGCUGUCUACAUGGUUCCCGAAGCGUCCAGUGUCAACGUCUUCGCUUAUACUUAUGGCGGUCUGUUCUUACCUACAGUACCUUUGAUGGUUCUGGGCGCUGCUAUUGGAGGUGCAUGCCCCAACGUACCUUCGUGGCAAGCUGGCUACGAUUCGACCUCAGUCGGUGGCGUGCUAGCAGCCAUGCUCGAACCUGCAGGCGGUUUUGGCAAAUUCGUCGUUGUCCUUCUGGCCUUCUCACUGCUCGGAAACAUCGCAGCGACCAUGUACAGCAUCACGCUCAACUUCCAACUUCUGCUGCCUUGGAUGGUUAGGGUCCCUCGUUUCUUGUUCGCCAUCGUCAUUACAGCUAUUGUGAUUCCUGUUGCCAUUCGCGCGGCCACCAGCUUUNUCAACAACCUUGAAAACUUCAUUGGCGUUAUCGGAUACUGGGCUUCUGCCUUUGUGGCUGUUGUGGUGAUCGAGCAUGCUUGGUUCAGAAAAUCGGAUUGCUCGGCUUACUCUCAUGAGAAGUGGAACAAGGCCAAUAUGCUACCUAGCGGUAUUGCUGCAUUGGGGGCUAGUGCUUUAUCAUUUGCUUUGGUCAUUCCUUCGAUGGCGCAGGUGUGGUAUACAGGGCCUAUUGCAAAGACGACUGGUGACAUUGGGUUUGAGUUGGCUUUUGUGGUUACAGCAUUG